GAGGUUUUCAUUGUACAAGGCAGUAAUGAACAAUUGAUUCCUGUUAAAAAUGUUUUAGAUCCUGCAUAUCAUGUUAGAAAAGAAGCACUAUGCAAAAAAUGUAUCAAAGAUGCACAAGAGGAUAAUCAAACUAAAAAAAUCAAAAUCAAAA